AUGUACAAUAUUCUCUCAAAAGUCCUUGCUCAUAGGCUUAAGAGAGUGCUCCCUGAAGUUAUUGGGGAUUCUCAGUUUGCUUUUUUAGGUGGGAGAAGCAUUCUUGAUGGAGUAUUUAUUGCAAAUGAAAUUGUGGAUGGAUGGAAAAAAGCUAGAAAGAAAGGGGUUGUUAUUAAACUUGAUUUUGAAAAAGCUUAUGACUCAAUUAACUGGGAAUUUCUAUUUUCUAUGUUGGCCAAUUUUGGGUUUGGGUCAAAAUGGAUAUCUUGGAAGAGGGCUUGUGUUUCCAUAGCAAGGUUGUCUGUUCUGGUGAAUGUGGCAGAAGGGUUGAAUGUAUUGAUGCACAAAGCUUAUGAAAAAGGGAUCAUUAAAGGGGUAAAAGUUGGGGUGAAAGAAGUGAUGAUUUCUCAUCUCCAAUUUGCCGAUGAUUCGAUGUUGUUUUGUGAGGCUGACUUGGAUCAAAUAAUUCAUAUAAAGAGGGUUCUAAGAUGUUUUGAAAUACUUUCUGGAAUGAGCAUAAACUUUCAUAAGAGUGUAGUUUGUGGUGUAGGUGUGGAUGUUGAGGCCUUGAUAUCCUAUGCUGAUAUUGUAAAUUGCAAGGUCCAAGGCUUACCAAUGAAAUUCUUGGGCCUUCCAUUAGGUGCUAAUCCAGGUAGGAAAUCAACCUGGAAGCCAGUGUUGGAUAAGGUUAGAGCUAAGUUGGCUGGUUGGAAGAGAAGAACUCUAUCUUUUGUAAGCAGAAUGCCUAAUGGAGUUUUUAGAGAAAUUGAAAGGCUCCAAGCUGCUUUCAUUUGGGGAGGAAACGAUCUGAAGAGGAAGGUCCACCUGGUAACAUGGGCUAAUGUGACAAAAAGUAGGGAGUAUGGUGGCCUUGGUAUUAGAAGAAUCAAGGAUGUCAAUUCUAGCCUUCUCCUUAAAUCGUGGUGGAAAUUCGGGAAGGAAACUGAUAUUAUCAUAGUGGCAAAGCAUCAUCAACAGUUAGUGGAGUUCUAUGUAGAGAAGUUUCAGUUAAGGAUUGGGAAUAGGAAAAGGAUCAAGUUUUGGCAUGAUUGUUGGCUUGGUAGCAGAUGUUUAAAAGCUGAGUUUCCUAGACUCUUUAGUUUGUCUAUUGAUAAAGGUGGAUCACUCUUCAACUUUUAUGAUAGGAGAUCUAGUUUGGAGGAGUGGAAUUUAAACUUUAGGAGAAAUCUUUAUGACUGGGAAAAGGCUGAAGUAAAUAGAUUGGUUGUUGUUCUAAAGGAUGACCCUUAUUUACGCAUUAAUGUGGAGGACUGUGCUACAUGGAAUGGGUCAGCAUGUGGUAGCCUCAAGGCAUCUGUUUUGUACAAGUUUAGUGACUCUUUUUUUGGCCCUUAUCUGACAUUAAGUAAGUUUGUGUGGAACACUGUUUUCCCUCCUAAAGUUCAAUUUUUUGGUUGGCUAGCUUGGAGGAAUAGAGUGAAAACUAGAGAUUUUCUACAGCAUAUUGGUAUUCUCAAUAGUAGUGCUUCAAUACUAUGUGCCUUUUGUAAAAAUGAGAAUGAAUCUGCUGCUUAUUUAGGUGGCCAGUAUAAGAAAAAGGUUAGGAGAUUAUGGAGGGUUUUACCUUUAAUUGCUCUCUGGUCCAUUUGGAAGUUAAGAAAUGAUUGUGCAUUUAAUGAAGUGCAGCCUUGUGAAGUAGAUCUUAGUGAGCUUAUUAAGGUUCGAUUUGCCUUAUGGAGUAAGGCUUUCAGGAUAGGGAAUAUGUACUCUGUUAAUGACUUUAUCAACAACCUUGAUCAAGUAAAGAGUGUAUGCUGCUUGUAUGUUUGCUUGUGUAUGCUGCUGGAGUAUGCUUCUGCUGCAUCUGCUAGUGUGUAUGCCGCUGGAGUAUGCUUCUGCUGCUGUCUGUUGGUGAAGCUCUAUAUUAGAAAUGGAGUUUGA